AUGAUGCCCUUGUGUUCUUAUGUUCAGCAGAACGGUUGUGAGGGCAGAGCGGUCUAUCUCUCUUAGAAACAUAUCUUAGUUAAUGAUCUUGUUUGGUUUUUUUCGUGCAUUGUAAGAGAAGUGGUGGAAUGCAACUGUACGGAUUGAAAUUGCAACAAUUUACAGAGGAUGCGUGUUUUUGGACCGUAAUGGCAAGUUAGCCCACCCUUUUAGUGUGCCAUGUAGGUGUAAGCCUUCCCAGGAGGUGCCAUGCUAGCAACAGAGAUGCCAGAUAUGCCACCUGAGACUAAAGAUGUCAAACAGAUCAAAGAGAAGCUGGUGCAGUCGCUUAAGGCCCUGCAGAAGCGAUACGUAACGUCAGAUGCAGUGGUAACCAGUGAAGAUGGUGAUGCUAACCUGCUAUGCUGUGCCCUGGAAGCCAUCUUUAUCCACGGUAUCAAAAGCAAGUACAUCCGCUCAGAGACUGGGGGCCGGUCUAGGAAGGGAGACCGGGGAACCCUCCCCCAGCCUUUCUUCUGGACCCUCCUUAAGACCGUUACCCACCGUGAUGUGAUAACAGAGCUAGAGAAGAUCAGCUUUGUGGGCACGGAUGUGGGUCGUUGCCGAGCGUGGCUGCGGCUGGCCCUCAACCAUGGCCUCCUGGAGUGCUACCUGACGUCUCUGUUUCGGGAGGACUCCACACUGCAGGCUCACUAUCAGCCCAGCGCCUUGCUCCUCAACCUUGAGGAGCGUGAGGUUCUGCUCAGCUACCUCCAGGGGCUGGCCACAAUUACGUUCAACCUGUCUUACAAGUCGUCUGUCCUCAACGAAUGGACAACCACACCCUUGGCUCUUGCUGGACUUUGCCCCAUCUCCCAGGCAGAUGCACUCGACCUGCCCCUCAAUGGCGGAGACCAUCCUAAGUCCAUGCGUAAGGACUCGUGGGACACAGAGUCUCAGGCGUCAGCUUCAUCAGAUACGUUGGAUAAUCAGAGAGGGUGUCCAGUGUUAUCGAUUGGGAGGGGAUCAAGUACUUUACAAGGGGAUGGGACUGCACUCAACUCAUCUAAUUUAAGCCUGGACACCACCAGCUCCUCUCAGCUCUCCUACAGUUUGAGCUCUGACAGCCUCUUGCAGGGGCAGGACCACCGCAGCCCGACAGGAGAGCAGUGGUCUUCCUGUGACCUGGACAUGCCCGUUAAUGUGAGCAUGAAGAGGCCACAGAAAGAUUUGUUGACUGAAUUUCGGGAGAGCAGCCACUGCAGCCAGGACUCCAUGCGUGAAGACUCCUUUGUCUCCAGCUCAGGUCCUGAUCAGUUCUCAGAGACAGCUGUUUUCAGUGGCUCUGACAGCGAGACCCAGGGUCCCACUGCAUCAUCACAAGAACCCGUGGACCAACCUCCAAACUUUGUCCCGUCUGAUUCAGAGUCACCGCUAGGAGCCUGUGAGCUACCAUCGUCUGAUGAGAGCCAUGUUAACCACUUGCCUUCUGAAGUGAGUGAUGAAACCUCUAAUGAGCUACACUUGGACCCAGACAUUCACUCCACAGUCAGUGAGCCAGUGGAGAAAGUCGAGCAAGUCGAGCCAGUGGCGUCUGUGGAGGAAGUACAGACGGCCCAUGUUCAGGAGAGCAGUGAAACUGUCCAGGAAGAGAAAGAAGCAGAGACCUCAGAGAAGAACAACUCGGAGCCUUCAACACAUCACAGUGUUCAUCGCUCUGCCAGCAUCCUGAGCAGGAAGCGGUCUUCAGAUUCUCUAUCACAUUCUCGUUCCUGGAUCUCUGAGGAUGACAUCUACAAACCCCAUCUGGAGGAGGUGUCAGACCUCGAGGAGGUAUCUCCUCCUGCUCCCAUGCCUGAGGCUGAGGUCGUGCAGUCACCUCCCAGUGUUGUCCAUCGCAGACAAAUAGGGCUGUCCAACCCGUUUCGUGGCUUGCUGAAACUCGGUCACCUGGAUCGACGAGGUGCGAUGGGAAUGUGGCGUGACUACUACUGCGAACUGUCACCCUUCGAGUUCCGCCUGUACCUCAAUGCAGAGGAGCGGACGUGCUGUGACAACUGCUCCCUGAUGCGAUGUGAGGACGUUCGCAUCACCUCACCUGAAGGUCGCUUUGAGUUGGCCUUUCCUGGGAAGCGACUGUACCUCCGUGCAGCCAAUCAUGAUGAAGCUGAAGACUGGGUGGACCGGGUAGUUGAGGCCGUCAACAAAUGUCGGCCAGUAUCUCGUGUUGAUGAGCAGUGGGAGGUGCUGGAACCCCCCAGUGAGAAUGGUGUGGAUGAACGCACAUUUUCAUCCCCGUCCUCCGCACCCUCCAGCCCUGAGCGAGGCUUGUUCUCUGACACAGGGACAUGUGGAGGCCAGGAGGCACCUUCACCUCUAGAGGAGUUUGACUGGACUCGGACGGCUGAUUUAGAAACAGACGCCAUCAAAGAAGCUGUUUUGUACUUCUCCACGGAUCCCGAAGCUCGGACUUGGGUACCUCUUGUCUUCUCUCUCUCCUUGGAGGCUUUGAGGGGCUUCAGGGUACAAGCAGGGAGAAAGUUGCUGCGGCUCACCCACCCCAUUGAGGAAAUCCGGGAUGUGGUUCCUGAUGUCUCUCUUGGAGGACCAGCCUUUUUCAAACUCCUGACCGUGAGGGAGACUCUUCGACUCAGGGCGGAGAACGCCGAGGAGGCUCGCUCUUGGAGGUAUUUGAUCCGUGGAGCUCUGGACUCGUACCUGGAGAGCGGGGAGGAAGGGAGCUCUGAGGAGCCGGCUGUUGUGCACCUGGGGGUGACGGGGAAUCUCCACAAACUGGUACAGCACAGACUAAAAGAGGAUGGAGCACUUCUGGCUCAUCUGUGCACUGUGCCUUCAGAGAAGGGACUGGACACUCAAAGUUUCAGAUGUGCAGGGUGUCCUCAGCAAAUUGGUCCAUCCCUAGGCAGAGCCAGGUUAUGUGAGUUCUCAGGCAAGUACUACUGUGACUCCUGCCACCAGGGAGACACAACCAUCAUCCCAUCACGCAUGGUGCACAACUGGGACCUCACACAACGAGAGGUAUCUAAGAAGGCCCUGCGGCUGCUGGCUCAGGUAGAGCAGGAGCCUCUGCUGAAUGUGGAGCAGUUGAACCCUGAGUUAGUGAAGCACGCCGAGUCCAUGGCUCAGGCCCACAACCUGCGGCAGAGGCUGCGCCUGCUAGGCGACUACCUGCUCACCUGUCGCAGCGGAGCUGGCAAGAAACUCCAAGCCAGAAUGGAGCAGCGACCGUACCUGUUGGAGUCGAGCCAUAUGUACAGUGUCAUGGACCUACGACAGAUAGCAGAGGGCCAGUAUGCAACCUACCUGAUCACUCUGUUGAAGUACGCCUCCAACCACGUGUUUCACUGUGACUUGUGCACUCAGCGGGGCUUCAUUUGCCAGAUAUGCCACGCAGAUGACACCAUCUUCCCCUUCCAGUUUGAUCACACCACCAGGUGUAAAGACUGUAAAGCUGUGUUUCACCUGGCUUGUAAGACUCCUGGGAACUCAUGUCCUCGCUGCCAGCGAAUGAAGAAAUACCUGGAGAGGAAUCUGCAGGACUGAGCGCUGCCAGGAGGGCGGCACUGUGUAGCUCGUCACACAGGAAGCUCGGAGAAGCUAGAAGCUUUUACAUGAGGUAACCUCCAGUGCAAUUAUGUGGAAGGUGCAAGAACCACAGCGCUACGGAAGCUAGACUCUUGCAUUAAUUUUGAGGCACGCUGAGUGUCGCGAUGCUCACAUAAUGCAGCCAAAUAUUACUGACCAGUGACUUUAAUACCUCUGUGAAUUCUGAUUCAGCCACUGCAUCAAAAGGAGGACAGGACAACAGUGAAGGUUGCUGCCAAAAAUCCUAUUUAUCACAUUUUUUGUGGGUUUUUACUUUGUUGCAUCAAAAACAACAUUGUUUACCAGAAAUGCUCUGCAGUACUUUCUGCAUUUGUCUCAAAAGCUCAAAGCAAGUCACGUAUUUAAACAUAUUACAGGGGCGAGGGCAGAUACUGAACAUGUAGCAUAAUGGGAACAGCGUUCAAAAUGUUCUAAUUAACAGAUUUUAAUUGUGCCUUUUAUUGUUUACACUUUACACUGCUUUUCUCUUGGUGUGGCCAAAAAGUGCCACAUAGGCUGUAUUUUAUAUUGCCAGUACAAUAUACUGAAAUUAUAUUUCUGCAUUAGAGACCGAUUUUGUGUAAAUGUUUACAUUUACACAAAAUCGGUGUAAAUGAUUUUUAAAUCAGUCACUAAGAAGACUUUGUGGAAUGUUUCUCUAAGCAUAUUACCUCAAGAUUUUUAAAACACAAAUACAUACAUUCAUAUAUAUGUGAUUUAAGAAACGGCUCCAUGGUUUAAAAUGUUCAGACUGGAGGAAAAACAUUGCGGAGAUGAUUCAUGAAGUUGAUGUAGUAAAUCAGUCAUAAGUGUGUGGCAUAAAACAUUUUGUAAAUUAAAUUUUUUGGGGGGGGUUCUUGGGUUUCACAUUGAUUCUGAGGUCAAAACAUUUUGCAUAUUUGCACAUAGCUGUGACUGUUAAAUGGAUAUUUCUACUACAGUUCAGCUGUAAUAUCCUCCAGCACAUGAAAUGACCCCCUAAGCUAGUAAACAGACCUGUGUUUCUGACAUGUAUAUUUCCUGUUUUGCUCAGUUUUAUUUUCAGUUCUUGGAGAAUUACAUCUCUGAAGAUGGGCUGAUUCUUCAGAAUCAGCGGAGAACAACAGUAGCUUUUUUUUUUUUUUUUUAUUCAUUUUGAUAUAUGCAUAACAUCACUAGCAAGUGGCAGGAGCAGCAUACUGCAGUACUGUUGUUUUUUAUAUUUUUUUUAAUUUUCAUCUUAUUUGUGUAUAAUGUAUACAAACGUUGACUAUU